UCACCCACCUCCGUAGCUUGCUAGCCAACAUAGCCGAAAGAUUCAAGCUAUUUAUACACUUUCGGUGUAUAUUAGCUACUGUGUUUUAGACACACAUCUGUCGUUUCAACUUGUUAACCUAUUUAAUUUAAUAUUACGUUAUUUUGUAUUAGUCAGCUAUAGUAGUUGGGUGGUUAAGUUAGCACUAGUCUAGUUGCUAAUGAUAACUAACUAGCUAACAUCCCCGAACAUGACCUCCCUAAACUACUCUCCUCCUGUUAAAGAAGAGGAGGGCUGCUGGACGGAGAAUUAAGUUCUGGGGCUGAACAUUGUCAUGAAAGAGGAGAAGGAAGAAGAGGAUGUCACAGUUAAACAAGAAGUAGAAGUUGAGGCUGUUACAGUGAAAGAAGAGGAAGAAGCGUUCAGAGUGAAAGAGGAGGAGGAUGUUACAGUAAAAGAAGAUGAGAAAGAGGAGGAUGCCGUUUUUGGAGUGAAGAAUGAAGGGGAGAUUACAGUCACAUUGAAAGAUGAAGAGGAUGAGAUAGGAGAUCUGAGUAACACCAGAGAGAGACCAGACUCUCGCUAUGACAGCAGGAAGAGUCCUUCAGUUGAACCAGACCCAGAGACGCCCAAACCAGCAAGACAACACCACUGCUCCCACUGUGAAAAGAGUUUUCGCUGGUUAGGGAACCUAAAUCGCCAUUAGAGAAAAGCCUGAAGGCCAUUUCUCCACACUGGAGAAAAGCCAUACCACAGCUUCCACUGUGAAAAGAGAUUUUCCAGAUCAGGGGACUUAAAAGCUCAUGAGAGGACACACACAGGCGAAAAGCCUUUCCAAUGUGCCCAGUGUGGAAAGAGUUUUAUUCAGUUAGGAAGCCUGGAGGAGCAUGAGAGAAUACACACAGGAGAAAAGCCUUACCACUGCUCCCAGUGUAAAAGUAGUUUUUCACGAGUAGGAGCCCUAAAAGCUCAUGAGAGGACACACACAAGAUUAAAGCCUUACCACUGCUUCCAAUGUGAAAAGAGAUUUUCCCGAUCAGGGGACCUAGAAGCUCAUGAGAGGACACACACAGGAGAAAAGCCUUUUCAAUGCUCACAGUGUAAAAAGAGUUUUACUGUGUUAGCUAAUCUGAAAAGGCAUGAGAGAAUACACACAGGAGAAAAGCCUCAUCACUGUUCCCACUGUGGAAUUAGUUUUAUUCAGUCAAGGAGCCUGAAGGAGCAUGAGUGGACACACACAGGAGAAAAGCCUUUCCAAUGUUCCCAGUGUGGAAAGAGUUUUAUCGUGUUAAGUAACCUGAAAAGGCAUAAGAGAAUACACACAGGAGAAAAGCCUUACCACUGCUUCCAAUGUGAAAAGAGAUUUUCCCGAUCAGGGGACCUAAAAGCUCAUGAGUGGACACACACUGGAGAAGAACCUUUCCAUUGUUCCCAGUGUGGGAAGCGUUUUACUGUGUUAGCUAACCUGAAAAGGCAUGAGAGAAUACACACAGGAGAAAAGCCUCAUCACUGUUCCCACUGUGGAAUUAGUUUUAUUCAGUCAAGGAGCCUGAAGGAGCAUGAGUGGACACACACAGGAGAAAAGCCUUUCCAAUGUUCCCAGUGUGGAAAGAGUUUUAUCGUGUUAAGUAACCUAAAAAGGCAUGAGAGAAUACACACAGGAGAAAAGCCAUUCCAAUGUUCCCAUUGUGGAAACAGUUUUACUCAGAGAGGGCAUCUACAAGAGCAUAAGAGAAUUCACACAGGAGAAAAGCCUUAACACUGCUCCCAGUGUAAAAAUAGAUUUUCCCGAGUAGGGGACCUAAAAGCUCAGGAGAGGACACACACAGGAGAAAAGCCUUUCCAAUGUUCCCAUUGUAGAAAGAGUUUUACUGUGUUAGCUACCCUGAAAAGGCAUGAGAGAAUACACACAGAAGAAAAUCCGGGCACUGAAGACGUGGAUGUCGAUUAAGGCAGCCCCUCGCACCUCUGAUUCAGAGGGGUUGGGUUAAAUGCGGAAGACACAUUUCAGUUGAAGUUGUACAACUGACUAGGUAUCCCCCUUUCCCUUUGCCUAUAGAGCUCUGCUAUAAACAUGAGAGCAAGAUUAGAUUUUAUGUUCUGCAUUAUUAUUAUUAUGGAGGCCAUCACGUUAAGAAAUUAUGGUAUGUUCUGAAAACUGACUUCAGGUUUUUGAGGAAUCUAGUCUUGCAGGAAGACAGUUUUAUUUUAUGGAGGUUUAAUUCAGUUCUCUUCUCAGUAUUUAACUAAAUACUCUGUCUUUGGUAUGAGAGGGACUAGACUUAUCACUGCUCCCAGUGUGGAAAGAGUUUUACCUGGUUAAGGAGCAUAAGACACACCAAAAAAGCCUUACCACUGCUCCCAGCGUAAAAUUGAUUUUUACGAGUAGGGAACCAAAAAGCUCAUGAGAGGACACACACACAGGAGAAAAGCCUUUCCAAUGCUCCCAGUGUGGAAAGAGUUUUACCUGGUUAAGGAACAAGAAGGAGUAUAAGAAGACGCACCAAAAAGGCCCUACCACUGCUCUCUCUGUGUGGAAGGACAUUUUCCCAGUCACAGAACCUGAAAUCACAUGAGAGAAUAAAGGUGCGGUGUUCUGACUUAUUUUUGACUGAGAAUUGCCACAUGAAAUCAUAUUGUUCAUGAUAAUGCAUGUUUAUAUAAGGUCCCACAGUUGACAAUGCCCGUGAGAGCAAACACCAAGCAGUAAGGUCAAAGAAAUUGUCCAUAGAGCUCCGAGACAGGAUUGUGUCAAGGCACAGAUCUGGGGAAGGGUACCAAAAAUUGUCUAGCAUUGAAAGUCCCCAAGAACACAGUGGUCACCAUCAUUCUAGAAUGGAAGAAGCUUGGAACCACCAAGACUCUUCCUAAAGCUGGCCGCCCGCCAAACUGAGAAAUGAGGGUAGGAGGGCCUUGGUCAGGUAGGUGACCAAGAACCCGAUGGUCACUCUGACAGAGCUCCAGAGUUCCUCUGUGGAGAUGGGAGAAACUUCCAGAAUGACAACCA